AUGGCAAAAUCAAAGGAGACUGCUGCAAAGGUUAUUUACAGAGCACAAGAGGAUCAAAUAAAAAGCUGGCAUAGGAACCAUAAGCAACCACCUGUCACAGAGGUCAGCAAUUCAAUGGGAGCGCCGUCCUCCUCUGGUGUCCUGAGCCUGAAGCAGGAUGCUUGGGAGAAGUACAAGAUUGACUGGGAAAACACGUACCCAGAUACCCCAAUUGAUAUUACCUUGUUUUUAUUCAGAAACAAGUUUAUGCGCAAUCAUUACGCGGAGCAGUUGGACAAAGUCAAGGCUAUGGUCAAAGAGCACCGCAACAAGGAGAAGGAAGAUGCUAGAAAGCAAAAUGCAAAUUUUCAAAGUGCUAUUGAGAAACUUUCGCGCACAAUUGUGAACUUUGCAGCCAGUAUCUACAAGAUAGCAGGGUGGCAUAUCACCUUGAUCAUGGGUGGACCCGUUUCCGCAGACAAUGGCAAUAUUUCCACGAUUAUUUACCAUCAUGGUGUGAACAAAGAAGAAAAAAACUUUGAGACUUACUACAGCAAGCAAGAAUUUGACGAAAUGAUUGCUCACUAA